AGUAGAACAUCUGAGAAGAGAUUUUAUAGACUGUUGAGCCUAAAUGUGAAGCUGAUAGUACUUCGAUUCUGAGAAGCAGAAAGUGAAACCAAGUUCUAAGACUGAACUUUGUAGGUGUGGAACAAUAUCCCUGCAGAUUUCUUUGCCAAACUGAAUGCAAGAUGCCUAAAAAGAAUGGAAGCUGUAAUAAAAGCGUCCGAUAUUCCGAGUUGCGGAAUUCAACGUUUAAUAUGCACUCACUGGCCACUUUAUUAGGUACAGUGUCACUGCAGUGCUGAGAAUGACCCAUCGUCCAAAUAAUACCUGCUCUGUGGGGGUCCUGUAGGGGUCCUGGCCAUUGAAGAUCAGGGAAACCGAGUAUGCAGAGAAACGGAUGGACUACAGUCUGUAACUGUAGAACUACAAAGUACUCCUAUAUGGUCAGUGGAGCUGCUAAAAUGGACAGUGAGUAUAGAUACAAGGAGGUAUACUUAAUGAACCCCCACCCCCCCCAAACUACCUACACACAAUGCUGCACACGUAGACACACACCGCUUAUUGUGAUUGGCUGAUGGAGUGUUAGGGGUGGUGCCACGUUGCUGUGGAGCCGUUGCCUUCACCCUCCACACACACACAUACUGCCCACUUCUACCACAGUAGUGGGCAAAGCAGCACCACACACACACACACAAGCACAUAAAAACACUUCUCCCGCUGGCUGUGGAGGGAGGGAUGCACGGCACGCCACGCGGAGUUUCGCGCCUCCACUAUGCCCACUCUGCUCCAGCCGGGACCCCCGCGCGCGCGCGUGUGACUAUGAUGCGCCAUGGCUUGGUGUGACCGGGGCAUCCAGGUAGUGCUGACCACGCUGGGCGCGUUCGCCGCCUUCAGCCUGAUGACUGUGGCCAUCGGCACGGACUACUGGCUCUACUCGCGCGCGCACAUCUGCAACAGCACCAACAGCAGCAUUGACGAGGCGGACAACCUGCUGCAGCCCAAGAAGACUAAAGGAGACCUCACUCACUCCGGCCUGUGGAGGAUCUGCUGCAUCGAAGGGAUCAACAAAGGAAGCUGUUACCGGAUCAAUCACUUCCCUGAGGAUAAUGACUAUGACACGGACAGCUCGGAGUACAUCCUGCGGAUUGUGCGAGCCUCCAGCCUUUUUCCCAUCCUAAGCACCAUCCUGCUGCUGCUGGGGGGGCUGUGUGUGGGGGUGGGACGUGUCUACAGCAGCCGAAACAACAUCCUCCUGAGCGCUGGCAUCCUCUUCGUAGCUGCAGGUCUCAGCAACAUCAUUGGCAUCAUAGUGUACAUUUCCAGCAAUACCGGUGACCCCAGUGACAAAAAGGGUGAAGACAAGAAAAACCAGUACAGCUACGGCUGGUCCUUCUACUCUGGAGCUUUGUCCUUUAUCGUAGCCGAAGCCAUCGGCGUCCUGGCCGUCAACAUCUACAUCGAGAAGAACAAAGAGGUCCACUUUAAGCGGCGUGAGUUCCUCAAAGGUGCGCCAUCUUCGUCCUCCUCACCCUACACACGCAUCCCCAGCUACAGGUACCGCCGGCGGCGCUCCCGCUCCAGCUCCCAUUCCACUGAACCAUCCCGGGACGCCUCACCUGUGGGCCGAAAGAUGGCCGCCGCCUCCUCGCUGCCUCUGGGUGAAAUCUCCAUGUACACACUGGGAAGGGAGCACCCUUUGAGGCAGGCAGGGGCCCUGGGCCCUUAUAGCCCUGACCGAGAGCCACCCAGCUUCCUGCAAGUCCACAACUGCUUCCCCAAAGACACAAAAGAUGGCGGAAACCGCAGGACCACACCAGUGUGAACACACUGUGGCUGUUUACAAGAUGGCCACCGGUUAAGGUGGUGCUUGGAAGAUUUGGAAAACAGCAUGGUUUCCGUUUGGUGCAGUUAUCAGUGGACAAGUCAUAACAAAUUUGACAAGAGGUUUGAGACCUUUGAGCAAGAAAAAAGAUCUUUGCUUAAUAUUGUAGCAUUUCCAGAGUCAUAUUUGGCUUCGUGGAGCUCCAUACUGUAUAUUUGAAUGCACAGUGACAAGUCCAAGUAGCAAUACAUCUAUGAUGCACUGAACACUGAAAAUAUUAAGCCUUUGCCCCAGUAUUGAUGAAGUACAGUUUUUUUCUCAACUUUUCUUUUUAAAAUGAAUGAUGUACAGUGCCAGUAUGUUUGACUUUGAGACAGUAAAGCGAAGGAACAAAGUCUGCAAGGUGCUAACUUAGUCAAUGUGACAGGAGUUGUGAUCCACUGCCCAAGCUAUUAUCAGGUCCUGCCCCUUUUUUGAUUUUAUAUCUAGUAACAAAGCCAUUUUGUAUAACUGUGUUUUGAACCACUGCCAUAUUGUUUACUUCUGACGUUUACAUUUCAACAAAUCUGUUGAUGUAUAAAACUGUGAACUGUCCUAUGUAAAACCUUGGAGUUAAUUUGAAAACUGAAGAAAAAGUCUUAAAAAAAACAAAAAAAAAACGGGAUGUUCAAGGACUUUCUGCUCAGGGAAGUUAAUAAUUAUUGUUGACUGGACAGAAAUGGAGGUACUUUAUUGAACAGGGUUAAGAUUGAGCCUUUAUGACCUAGAGCAAACUUUGCUUUGAAACAGUAUCAAGGUACUGUUGACAAACUUAUCAGGCCCUAUUAGAGGUCUGCUGCCCAACCUGAGCCUGACAGGAGCCUGCCACAAUAUCAAGUUUUGGGCCAGUUUUUUAUGAUCGACUUUGAGCUAACUUUUCACACACAACAUUAGGUUUGGUCUGGAUAAUUUUCCAGGACAGCAUCGGACCAUUCUGGUUUAUUUUCUAUCGAGUUUUUCUUAUAGAGUAGAUUUGCUAUUUUUUGAUGACAUUUGCCUGCAUGAAACACUUUCUUCAUUUAUCUAUCUAACUACAAUUGAAAGAAGGCUCACAAGAGAGGAACUGUUUCAAAUUCCAUAUAAAUCAGAAACGUCCUCAUUGUGCAAACGUUAUGAACUGGUCCCUAUAUCAGAUGAAGCACUAAGGUCAUGUACACCGAAGAGCUUGCAAGCUAAUUUUGAGCUGUGAGAGCAGGACACGACAUUUACCAUGGAUGCAGGUGUUCAGGAGAAGCUAAUAGCCGAAUGUCAGUAGCCAUGUUUACAUGCAACUUAAUAAUCCGACUAAUAGCUCCAUUGGAAUAGAAUACGUCCAUGUAAACACCUCAAUCGGAAUAGUCUAGUCUGAUUGAGGCCAUUCGGAAUACAGUUUCUAUCCGAUUGAACAAGGUGUGUAAUCCUGUAAAUAAUCCGUUAAAUAGAAGAAUAAUAACGUAAACACCCGUAUCCAAUUACAUUUCCAAUCGGAAGUGUAAGUACAUUCUGCGCAUGUGCGUUUAACAUGGCGGGAGCAGAAACUGGUCUGCAGAGGAGACGAAGUUUAUGCUCUGAUCUUUAAAAGACGGCGGUGGGACGGACGUCCAGCUUAUGUGUCCCAUCCUCUCGCCUCUUCUUUUAUAAGUAUAUGUGAAGUAUGUUUUUCUGAGUCUGACAUCAUUUUAAAGCAAUGAAAAACACAAGUGCGGCAACUGGAGUUCGCUGUCUUGGUAAUGUUUACUCUAAGUGGUUCCCCCACAUGCGCGUCAUUUUCCAUCAGAUUACUUGUAGUGAGCAUGUAAAUGAAGAUUUUCCAUCAAAUUGUUAAAUAGAGUGAGCAUAAACACCUCAGUCUUAAUCUGUAAUUGGAAUGUGUUCAGUAGGAUUGACAAAAAUCUUUGCGUGUAAACACAGCCAAUGUCAGAAUACAUCCUCGAACCAAUUAGCCCUUUAAGGCUGGCACAAAAUAAUAGCUAAACCUGUUCUUCGCUGCUAAUCACAUGCUGUAAAAAAUAUGACCUAACAAAGCCAUAGAUUUUUGUUAGGUUUGUCUCACAGACUACCUUUUUUCACAAGAAAUAUAUGAACUUGGAAUAUAAAUCACACAUUAGAUGCCUUUUAUAGAUACUCUGAAUAAACAACAGAAUAAUAAGCACUCACUGAUCUGAAUUUCGCUCUAUAUGAGCUCUGAAAGGUUCCAACAAUAGAGAAAGGCUCAUGCAUCUUUUAUCCAGUGAUAGGAAACACUGCAAACAGAAAGCUCCGAUUCUACACGCUGAUACAUUUUAAUCUGGCCGAUGUAGACAUACACAUGCCUUCACUCCUCUGGCAACAGAUAUAAAUGAAUUUUAGGGACUACUUUUAUAGGCUGCCUAAGUCAGUGUCAGCUACAACACAAGCUCGGCCUCCAGAUACGUGUGUGGAGUAUCUUCUGGUGAUCAACUGAAAUCUGAAUUUGAAGGUGCAUCAUAACAAAGCAAAUAACUACUGAGAAACCAUGGAGUGCAUGGAGGCAGGCUCAGGUCAGGUUCGGGCUUUACAUUUAGCAGUACCAGUCACAGGUACAGGUCGGGUUCGGGCUUCAAUUGCAUGCCCCUGCAGACCUCUAGUCCCUUCAUCUAAGCCUAAAGUUCUGUUGUUGAACUUAAGCUAAAGAAGCUCUUCAUUUUCACUUCCUCAGUGGGUGUGCUUUAGCACAUAUGGUCCUAACAUUUGGGUAAUUUUCUCUAGUUUGUGCCAUGGGCGGCUCAUGUUCAUUGUGGGUAGAAGGAGGCAUUUGGCUAAUGAAGCAAGCUUGAUUGCCAUACAACACACAGAGUCCAUUCAACGAGAGCACAGAACACAUUACAGCAUCCACAGGGUGUUAAAUUAAUGUGCCACAGCUCUCCAAGCGUGGCGCUGAGCCUACUGCAGCAGUCCCAAGCAUUCUGAGACAUUUGUCCAGGUCUCUGAACAGAGAAAGCUGAGUAAUUAAAAAAAAAGUAAUAACGUCUGGCAUCAGCUGACAAUUACGGAUGGUAACAUUCCAGGGCCAGGAUGCCACAGUCAUUGAGGUGAUGAUAUAACUGCCAAGAAGUCGAUUCGUUAUCAUAUCUUAUUGCUGUGAUCAAUCAAACACGGACAGUUGUUGUUUCUCUGUGGAUGGUGUGAAAUUGUCUCAUAAUAUAACAACAUUACCGCAGGAAAUAUCUUUCUAUUCCCAACAGUUAUUGUCAUGGCAACAGUUAAUAAAGUCAAAGUGAAUUGCGCUCUGAAGUUGCCUAUACUCCUGUUGACGACUACGUGAAGAUAAAAAAAGCUUCUUGUUUCCAAGCUGUCCUGGUAUUACGUCUUUUAACAACUAUUCUAACAAAAAAAAAAAAAACAACAUGCAUACCUGUAAUUUAGCGCUAUGCUUUCUGUUAAUCUAACACAUUUGCAAUACAUGAUUUUUU